CGCAACUACCGUACUACCAAUGAGGUUGCUAUGUGGUUACUGGUUAGUUCGAACCAUUUAAGACCAUGCUAUAAAAAGGGCAGUUUCAAAAUCCAUCGCGGGAUUAAUUGUUUUUGGCGUCAGGCAGCUCAGCUCAUGUUCUUUCUUUUUGAUCCGACGAUUUCAGUAUGAACAGUAGUACCAGAGGAUACAAUAAUGGCAGCAAGUGAAAGACUUGUUUUCGUUUUGUGGUUGAUCAUUUGCGUAAGAACACGCACUUACGGCGAAUCUUCGACGUGCCUGACGGUGUACGAAGAAGGCGGUGCCCCGGCGGUGUUUCAAUCUCCGAAAUGCCCUCGCUGGCAACUUCCGAGCUACGGUUCCAAACGGCGGUAUCAAUCUCCCACAGCCGCUUGUCAGACGGCACUGCAUCAAGGUCGUCGCAAGCAGCAGGAAGAUCGCGCCAUCUGUGUUCUAGAUAUCCACGUUCCUUUCCCCGGCCAAAAUGGUAUCACGGAGGUGACAGUUGGUAUUAUUGGAGUGUUUGAUGGCCAUAAGGGUGCUGAAGCAAGUGAAAUGACCUCAAAAUUAUUACUUGAGUACUUUACAGUACAUAUGUUCUUUCUUCUUGAUACAACCUUUUCUAUCCUAUUGAGGAAGCUGAGGGGAUGGCUGCCAAAUGGAAGAGGGAAUAAUAAUGUAUUUCAGAACCUGAAAUGGGAUGAAGAAUUGGGUCAUCAUCAGUUGAAAUUUGGGCGGUUUAAGCUGAGUUUGUCAUCAAUCUUUGAUGAAUCCUUUCCGUUACAAAUAUUCAAGGAGGCAGUGCUAAGAGCAAUUAGCGAUAUCGAUUCCUCAUUUUCAAGGGAUGCUUUCAGAAACAACUUAGGUUCUGGAUGUACUGCCACAGUUAUACUUUUGGCAGUAAAUCAAAUUUUUGUGGCCAACAUUGGUGAUUCAAAGGCAUUUUUGUGCUCUGAGGAGUACAAAAAUUCAACAGAGGCUCGAGCUGCAUUAUUGAGGAUGUAUCGGCAGACAAAGAUUGGUGGGAUUUUUCAGCCCUUCAGAAAUUAUCGCACAUUUGAAUCAGUAGCUUCUGACGGAUGGUCUUUUUUUACUGCUAAGGAGUUGACUCAAGAUCACCACCCAGACAGGGAUGAUGAAAGGUCUAGAGUAGAAUCUGCUGGGGGGCAUGUUUCUAAAUGGGGUGGUGUAGCUCGGGUUAAUGGUCAGUUGGCUGUUUCCAGAGCAAUCGGAGAUGUCGACCUGAAAAGUUAUGGUGUUAUAUCUGUUCCUGAGAUCACCGACUGGCACCCUUUGACAACAAAUGACAGUUACUUGGUGGCUGCAUCUGAUGGUGUUUUUGAACAGCUAAGCCCACAGGAUGUCUGUGACAUAUUGUCGAACUUACAUGCAGAUAUCACUGUUAAACCAGAACUAAAUUCUUCUUGCAUGUAUUCAUUAGCAGAGUGCAUAGUAAAUGCUGCUUUUGAAAAGGGAAGUACUGAUAAUAUGGCCGCCAUAAUACUCCCAUUUAAGUUUAGAGUGCCUUUGAAAACUCUGCCUGAUGAAAACUGUGAUGGAUUUGGUAUAUCUGGUUGCUCAGCUUCAGGACAAGAGGGUUAUUCCAUCACACAGUCAAAACUUGCAGAAAUGAAACAUGCCCAUCCCGCUGUUACCAACCUUGAUAGAUUAUUGGUUGCAGGAAGAGACGUAUGUUUUUAUCUGUCUGAGAACCUAGAUGAAUAUGAUGAAAACACAUUCUGGAUCCAAAAAGAUAUCUGGGAAUAUCCAUAUGGACUAGAGCAUGCACUGCCUGAAAGGCCCGGUUACAGUUCAGGCGAAUCACUGGAUUUGUAUAACGAUCAUCAUUUGUGCUUAAACUUUGGGAUGAACUUUGGCGGGAGUAAUGAUCAGUGCAUAAAUCCUGAAGGUUUUGCUAGGUUCAUUGGAUUGCUUGAAUCAAUCCCAUUUAAUGAUACAUUUCCAAGUGAGCAUGCAAGGAUAGACUCAAGGUACAUACUAAAAAAAAGAUAUGGUCAUGGAUCAUAUGGAGAAGUAUGGAUGGCUUUUCGCUGGAAUUGUUCUCAUUCCAACAAGUCUUCAGAAAGAAAAACUCCAUCCUUUUCUGAUGAUUGUGAUACUGGCUCCUCUGGUUACAAAAAGUUUAUUUUGAAGCGCAUAAUGGUGGAGAAAGGGGCAGCUGUAUAUCUAAGUGGGCUAAGGGAGAAGCAUUUUGGAGAACUUUUCUUGAAUGCAUCUGCUUUACUAGGAGGUCCACUGCCAGGUAGAGGAUCCUAUUAUUUCUCAAAAGAUACAUAUUUAGAGUCACAUAGACAUUUAGUAGAAGGUAACUUAACCGAUCUGGAAAUGGGUGAAACUUUUGAGAAUAUUUAUGGUGGAAGAACUGAUCUGAUGCAAUCUACCUAUGAAGACGGACUUGAUCACAUAGCUAGAUAUGUAGAAUCUUUUGAGUCUCGAUCUAAUGAAAUAUGGCUUGUGUUCCGUCAUGAGGGAGUAUCCUUGUCAAAGAUAUUGUAUACAGCAGAAGUAGUAAGUAAUGCAGAAGGGAUGACGAAUGAACAAGCAAAAAAUGUUCAGAUCUUGCACCCAUCAAAAUGGUGGCACUGGUUGAAGACAACAGAAGCAGGGAAAGAGGAAAUGUGUAACCUUAUAUGGCAGUUGCUCAUGGCACUUAAAUCCUGUCACGAUCGGAAUGUCACGCAUAGAGAUAUUAAACCUGAGAAUAUGGUCAUUUGCUUUGAAGAUAAGGAUUCUGGGAGAUGCUUGGAAGGAUAUCCAAGUGGGGAUAAUAGUCAUGCCACAAAAAUGCGCAUUAUUGACUUUGGGAGUGCACUGGAUGACUUUACAUUGAAGCAUUUGUAUGGUUCUAUUGGGCCUUCAAGGUCCGAGCAAACUUCUGAAUACACUCCACCUGAAGCUUUUCUUAAUGCCAGCUGGUACCAAGGGCCAACUUCAGCAAUUCUGAAGUAUGACAUGUGGAGUGUUGGGGUUGUGAUGCUGGAACUAAUAUUAGGAUCACCAAAUGUGUUCCAGAUAAGUUCUAGGACACGUGCCCUUUUGGAUCAGCACCUAGAAGGGUGGAAUGAAAGCUUAAAGGAGCUCGCAUUCAAACUGAGAUCAUUCAUGGAAUUAUGUAUUCUGAUCCCUGGGAGCUCUUCCAAGCCUCAUCACUCUAGGGCUACAAAUAACCCAGGUUCUGUUUCACCGGCUCCAUGGAAAUGCUCUGAAGAUUUCUUUUUGCGUCAAAUUAGAAACAGAGAUCCUUUAAAAAUAGGGUUUCCAAAUAUAUGGGCUUUGCGAUUAGUACGCCAACUGCUACGUUGGAAUCCUGAGGAUCGACCUAGUGUAGAUGAAGCUCUGAAUCAUCCAUAUUUCUCACAACAUGCUCAUAUCUAUCCUCCUUGCGGUGGUCGUGGAGGAAAGGUUUAAGUUAAUUUGCACCGUGUGUAUAUAUGACGGCCUAUUCACUAAGGUUCAACAUAUUCUUUGUUGGCUACUCUCUGCUUGGCAAGGGUCGACUGUUCGAUGAUUGUGGUAAAGAGAUCAGGAGCUGCUGACUUGCUCUAGUUGUGGACAUCGUAUUAUAUCAUCUAUUAGAAAUAUCAAAUACGUUUAUUUCAUCAUAGGGCAGAGGAAGUGGAAAUGAGUUCUUCGCUUUCCAGGAUAGCCCAGCAAAUAACAACAUGAACACAAAAUUGCGAAAAACAAAAAAGAAGAAGAAGAUGACAGUCUAAGAGACCAAAACUGCAAGUAGUCUUGAGAUUGAAGAUGAACUUGUUCAAAGAAGUGAGCAUGAGAUUGCACUUGGCGCAUGAUGAAAGAGUUAGUGAAAUAAUUGAACACACUAUAAGUUGUAUACAGAGAAGGAUCCUACAAUUGUGAGCUGACUGUAUCUUGCCACCAUCACAAUAUACUCCUUAUGAAACAUGUUAAGAUUGUACUUGAAUUACUUUAACAUGUGAACAAAACUUUAAAAUAACAAUGGUCAACCUUCACUUACUAAUCAACUAAUCAAAAUUUUGGAGUUUUAAAU